UUUAAACAUUGUACAUUUGUCACUGUGAUAAUAAAGUUGCUUUUUAAAAAAAAUUUUUUUAAGCAGGAAAGACUCAUUGAUAGAUUAUGAACAGUUAAACUCUUCAAAUUAAAUUUUGAACAGUUUAAAUGUAAUUAAGAGGAACAGUAGCAGCUCAUACUUGCUUCAAGGAACAUGUUAGAGCAUACAGCAUUAUGGUGUCGUUUUAAUCUCCUCUGUUGAUUGGUUUGCGCUAACACUGUCUUAAUGACUCAUAUAUCCCUGCUGGAGGCAAAACUUAAAUGUUUAUUCUCUGCUUUAACUGUUGGAAUCCAUCAAUGUUGUGCUUGAAACAGUAUCUUUCCUUAUGAAUUUUUAAUCAUGGCUGAGGCAAGCUGUAGAUUAGAUAUAAAUCUAGAAGCUUCAGGGAAGAUAAAAAGCAUUAUGUUUAUAUCCAUCUUUGAAGUAAGUAAAAGCUGGGAAGGAAGGAGUCGCAAGAGGUGGGAAGUGUGGCCGGAUACUACAAAAACAUAAUGGAUAUGAUAAACGGAUUGCAUUUCUGAGAAGAGAAAAUGACUUUAUUACUUCAUCUUGAAUUGCUAAGUAUUGAUCUUGCUUUGUUUUCCUAAAGCAGCGAUUCAGUGCUGCUUUGGUGGUUUGAUAAAAAGGUAAAACAUUAGUAGAAUAGCCUUCCGUGUUUGUCAUUUCUUUUUUUUAAAAAACCAGCAGCAUGGUUUAAUGCUUUUUCUGUCAGGCUUUGUUUAUCUGUUUAUUGCUGAUUUGACAGUCUUUGGUCCUUCUCCUUUGCUGUUAAAUGUGUGUGUUCUUUGUUUGUGCUGGUGGGUUUUGCUACAGUUGGAUGUGAGAGAAAAGCCUGUCUUUGCCAUAUUGGUCUAAUUAGCCUCUGGGUGAGCAUAUACAUUAAAUAGACCUUCUGAGCUAUGAAAGAAGAGAGCUCACAACAACGUAGAUUUUCUUCAUGUACUGGGGUUUCGCCUGUUUUAUUUCCUCCACGGAUUGAUGGCCGAAAGCUUGUUCGGAAUGCUUCAUUUGGAGGAUACAAUGAACUUUCUCCUUCAUUGCCAGGUUUUGAAAGAGGGAAGGAAGAUAUUUCUCAGAAUAAAGAUGAAUCUUCACUUUCUAUGUCAAAGAGCAAGUCUGAAUCUAAACUUUAUAAUGGCUCAGAGAAGGACAGUUCAACUUCAAGCAAACUCACAAAAAAAGAAUCUCUUAAGGUACAAAAGAAAAAUUACCGAGAAGAAAAGAAAAGAGCCACAAAGGAGCUGCUCAGUACAAUCACAGAUCCUUCUGUUAUUGUUAUGGCUGACUGGUUAAAGAUUCGUGGUACUCUAAAGAGCUGGACCAAGUUAUGGUGUGUGUUGAAACCUGGGGUGCUACUGAUCUAUAAAACCCAAAAAAAUGGUCAGUGGGUAGGAACAGUUCUUCUGAAUGCCUGUGAAAUCAUUGAACGUCCAUCAAAAAAGGAUGGCUUUUGUUUCAAACUUUUCCAUCCUUUGGAGCAAUCUAUUUGGGCAGUGAAGGGUCCAAAAGGUGAAGCGGUUGGAUCCAUUACUCAACCCUUACCUAGCAGUUAUUUGAUCAUCCGAGCUACUUCAGAGUCAGAUGGAAGGUGCUGGAUGGAUGCUUUGGAGUUGGCUUUGAAAUGUUCUAGUCUUCUUAAACGUACAAUGAUCAGAGAAGGAAAGGAACAUGACCUGAGCGUUUCAUCAGAUAGCACACAUGUGACUUUCUAUGGCUUACUACGUGCUAACAAUCUCCACAGUGGUGACAACUUCCAGUUAAAUGAUAGUGAAAUUGAACGACAACAUUUUAAGGACCAAGAUAUGUAUUCUGAUAAAUCUGAUAAAGAAAAUGAUCAAGAACAUGAUGAGUCUGAUAAUGAGGUGAUGGGGAAAAGUGAAGAAAGUGACACAGAUACAUCAGAAAGACAAGAUGACUCAUAUAUCGAACCUGAGCCUGUUGAGCCUUUAAAGGAGACUACCUACACUGAACAGAGCCAUGAAGAACUUGGAGAGGCAGGUGAGGCUUCUCAAACAGAAACUGUAUCUGAAGAAAACAAAAGCCUUAUCUGGACACUAUUGAAACAAGUCCGUCCUGGCAUGGACCUAUCCAAGGUGGUUCUGCCUACAUUUAUUUUGGAACCCCGUUCUUUCCUGGAUAAACUUUCAGAUUACUACUAUCAUGCAGAUUUCCUAUCUGAGGCAGCUCUUGAAGAAAAUCCUUAUUUCCGUUUGAAGAAAGUAGUGAAAUGGUAUUUGUCAGGAUUCUAUAAAAAGCCAAAGGGCCUGAAGAAACCUUAUAAUCCUAUACUUGGCGAGACUUUCCGUUGUUUAUGGAUUCAUCCCAGAACAAACAGCAAAACUUUUUAUAUUGCUGAACAGGUGUCCCAUCAUCCACCAAUAUCUGCCUUUUAUGUUAGUAAUCGAAAAGAUGGAUUUUGCCUUAGCGGUAGUAUCCUGGCUAAGUCCAAGUUUUAUGGAAACUCAUUAUCUGCAAUAUUAGAGGGAGAAGCACGGUUAACUUUCUUGAAUAGAGGUGAAGAUUAUGUAAUGACAAUGCCAUACGCUCAUUGUAAAGGAAUUCUUUAUGGUACAAUGACACUGGAGCUUGGUGGAACAGUCAAUAUUACAUGUCAAAAAACUGGAUACAGUGCAAUACUUGAAUUUAAAUUAAAGCCAUUCCUAGGGAGUAGUGACUGUGUUAAUCAAAUAUCAGGGAAACUUAAACUGGGAAAAGAAGUCCUAGCUACUUUGGAAGGUCAUUGGGAUAGUGAAGUUUAUAUUACUGAUAAAAAGACUGAUAAUUCAGAGGUUUUCUGGAAUCCAACACCUGACAUUAAGCAAUGGAGAUUAAUAAGGCACACUGUAAAAUUUGAAGAACAGGGAGAUUUUGAAUCAGAGAAACUCUGGCAACGGGUAACUCGAGCCAUAAAUGCCAAAGACCAAACUGAAGCUACCCAAGAGAAGUAUGUUUUGGAAGAAGCUCAAAGACAAGCUGCCAGGGAUCGGAAAACAAAAAAUGAAGAGUGGUCUUGCAAAUUAUUUGAACUUGAUCCACUCACAGGAGAAUGGCAUUACAAGUUUGCAGAUACCCGACCAUGGGACCCACUUAAUGAUAUGAUACAGUUUGAAAAAGAUGGUGUUAUUCAGACCAAAGUGAAACAUCGUACUCCAAUGGUUAGCGUCCCCAAAAUGAAACAUAAGCCAACCAGGCAACAGAAGAAAGUGGCAAAAGGCUAUUCCUCCCCAGAACCUGACAUUCAAGACUCCUCUGGAAGUGAAGCUCAAUCAGUAAAACCAAGUACAAGAAGAAAGAAAGGAAUAGAACUGGGAGACAUUCAGAGUUCCAUCGAAUCUAUAAAACAAACACAGGAAGAAAUUAAAAGAAAUAUUAUGGCUCUUCGAAAUCAUUUAGUUUCAAGCACACCUGCCACGGAUUAUUUUCUGCAACAAAAAGACUACUUCAUCAUUUUCCUCCUGAUUUUGCUUCAAGUCAUAAUAAACUUCAUGUUCAAGUAGAAGUUCUCUACCAUUGAAUCAGUGAACUAGAAAGAUCUGAUUUGGCCUGGGACCAGUGUUCAAGUUGGUUUGGUCUUUAUUAAAAAUCACAAUAUUCCGAAAACAAAAAAAACUAGGAGAUAAAUGUAGAGGUAUUGACUUUUUGUAUCUUUUAUCUUCACACUGAAACAAGAGCUAUCCUAUUUGAUUAUUAAAGUGAGCUACGUGUUAAGUGCCAGGACAUUUCUAGCUUUUGUGAGAAUGUGUCUACAUGUGAGUAUAAUAAACCCACGUGUAUACACACUUGUCUCUUAUGUACUCUUACCUGACAGUAGUCUUUGUAUUCUAUAGUAUGUUCUGAGAUAUAAUGUUAACAUUGUUCAUAACAAAAAAUGCUAUCAAUAUUAUAAUUAUGUGUAAUCUGUUUUCUUCAUAAAACAGGCACAAAACUUUUAUCAGUAAGGAAUUACAGAUUAAUGAUGGAAUAAUAGACAUAAUUAAUUCAAUACACUACUGUUAAAAUCAUUUGCAAAGCACUCAGCUCAAUUAUCUUUUAGAAAGAAAGAAAAAGUAUGAAUGGCCAAAAUGAAUACAUUGAGAGAGAUAAAUGGCAAAUUGCUUUUUUAAAAGUUUACAGAAGAUUUUUUUUAACCCCUAGAAUUUAAUAUUUAUAGAUCCAGGUAAAUAUAUAUACUUACGUGUAUAUCAGUAUAAAAACACUGGUGUGCAAUUAAUUGGAUUGAUUAUAAUACCACCUUAAGCACUUGCUGAAAAAAGUGUGGUCAAAAUUGAUUGCUGUCCUUUUGUCUUAUUUUUGUUUUUCUUAAGUCAGCUGGUUCAUAACAUAGGCCAAAUUCUAGAGGUGUUUAUAGGGCAUUUGAAGUGCUGAUAAUUCAUGUUUUUUUCAUUAUGAAAACUUAUUUUAGCUUUAGACGCUAGUGUGUUCAGUGAAUAAGUAGAAUAUGAAAAAUUAUAACCAGUAUUUUACUUCAAAAGCCAAAAAGAGAAAGGCAAUAAGAAAAGACACUUUGUGAUGGCCUUUAUGUGUACAUUAAAAUUGGUUUCUGUAAAACGUGCAAUAAGUUGAGUAUCUAUGAAGAGUAUCAAGUUCUGAAGUUUAAUUUUUUUAUUACCCUCCUCUCCUUAGUAACUUCUUUCUGUGGCAAAACCACAAUUCUUUAAGAUUCCUGUUGUUCAGGCUAAGGCAAACUUUUUUUGUUUGUUUCUUCAGUUUAAUAUUUUGACUUUAUGUUUUUACAUAAAUAUUUAUAUUCCUUGAAAGCAAUUUUUGCCAAGGUAGUUAAGUUUAGGAAUAUGUUGUUCUAAAAUAUGUCUUGGAAUCCUGAAAGUAUAGAUUUUGAAAUGUUUUUUAAUGAAAAUGGUCAGAGAGAAUAAUUGCCCCGACCACAUUUGCCUUUCAGUAGGAGGAGGCUGUGAAAUAGUAAAAUUACAAUUGUUUAUGCCAUGAUAAAUACAAAAUUGGUAAAUAAAUACAUUGAUUGGUAAAUUAUGAGAAUCAAAAUGAUAAAAAGAGCCUGCUUUUUUUCCUAACCAAUAUAGCUAUCUUAAGUAUCCUUAGGUUUCUAUGAAGAACCAUUUCCCAUGUUUUGUUGGCAAAAUAAUGCUGUAUUCCGUAUGUACAUGUGAAAUGAUGUUUUAAAUUGAUAAAAGCAUAAAUAAGAUCUACCUAUACCCAGUAUUUUCAUGAUAUUAGAACAAAUGGAUUUUUGGUUAUAUUUUAUAUUUGUCAAUAUAAUUUUUGUAUUCACAUUCUGUUACACUUUGCCUAUUCAUUGAUAUAUGAUAUUCUGUAAAUAUUGUAAAAUUUGAUCUUUUUUAUGGUUUAAAUUAGUUAAUUACAUACAAAUUGGCUUAUCACAAAAAUCGUCAUUAAACCUUGUUAACAUUGUGUAUUGGUGACCCACCUCUUAGGACUUUGGUCUUAUCCAUGUGUAUGUUGUUUUCAUUUGGUCCAAAUAAUAUUUUAUUUGUAUGGGUAUCUUCUAAGACUAAAUAGGUAGUUAUGUUCUUUAUUUUUAAAAUUUCUUUUUAGAGCAAAUGUUAUGGGUUCUUACCCAAAGAGUCAAAAACUAUUUCUUAAGAAAGAGCAGGGUUAUUAAUGACUGUUCUUUAUACACUAAAAGCAUGCAUCUAAUCUAAUAGUCCUCUUAUUAUGCUUUUAGUUGUAUGAGUUUCUUUCUAUGAACUGAACACAAAACUCAGGAAUUGGUGGCUUAAUUUUAGAUCAGUGCUUGUACUAGGCUUAGUUAUAUGAAUCUUUAUAACACAUAAUUACUAACUUUGUAGCCAUAUAUGUAAUUGACUUUGAAUGUUAUUUACCUGAAAUUAAUCUUCCUUCACACAUGGAUUCAUAAUGUGAUUUAUGGUUCCCAGUUGUCUGAGAGCCUCAUGAGGGUUUCUAGGAUUUAUGACCUUAUGACCAGUUUUUUUCAUUUACCAAGAUUUUAUUUUCCUACAUGAAAAUUUAAUUGAGUAAUAAUUAUUCACAUGUGCAUUUUCUUUUUAGCAGUUAAAUGUACUAUGCCAUCAUCCACCAUUUAGUAAGAUGUAGCUGGCCCAGGACAUGUAAAAAAAAAAAAAAAAAAAAAACAACAAUAAAUAGGGCAUGUGAAAUGUUAAGUUACAGCAAUAGAUAUUUUACUUGUAUUUCAUGUUAGUACUUUUUUGUUUUAUAUCACUUAUAAAGGUACAGUGUACUCUUUGUCACAGCUCAGUUGGUAACUGCAUUCCAUUGAAAAGUUGGCCUUGUAAAAUACAACUCUCAUUUAAUAUUCAUGCUUUUGUGCCUUUAAGAAAAUAUUUUUUGUCAUUUUUUGUGUUACAGAACUAUAAUGUGAUUCAAGGUGUUUAUAGGCUUGUCAUAAAAGGGUCAUUUCUGUGUGUCACUUUCUUUUUAUAUAGCUAUAGUAUAUUUAAACAAUAAUGCUGUCUUUUAUAGGAGUUUGUCUAUUUACCUAUUCUUUACUCAGACAUUGAUGUAGACUUGUCAGAUUAUUCUGAGUAUUGUUAACAGUGCCUUUUCGACGGAAUUCACACUUUUUGGCUGUCACCUUGUGCCAUAUACACACAAAAUUUUGUGGAAGGCAGUUUUAACUUUCUGAAGAAUAUCUGUCAAAAUUUAAGAAAACAAAUGUAUAAAAUUCCAUUUUUUCCAGUGUUUAGCAUUUCUAGUAAGCAGUGAGGUUGUUUGAUAUACAGUGAUGAUGGUAUUAUUGAUAAGCCAUACAUGAGACUGCAGAUUAUAUUGAAUCAUAUUAAAUCUACAGAAAUAAAAUAUUAGAUUUAUAUCAAAUUUUCCAAUUUGAACCAGUGGGGAAAAUCCCACAGAAAUCAGUAAGUUUACAUUUCAAUUUCUAUCUUAUUUGACUAAGUGGAAGGAGAUUCUUUAAAAUAUAUAACCUGCCAUUAUGUAAUUUGGUUUCAUUUUAUUCUACCUGUUGUGUGAGUUUAGUAUAUUUAAUUUACUUUUUGUUACUCUUUACAUACUGUUUAUUUUUGUUACAGUUUUUAAUUGAAGAUGGACUGUUAAAACUGUAUAGGACCAGUGUCUUAUUAAUAUGAUUAAUAUAUUUAGAAGAGCCACACGAAACCCAUGACAAAAUGAAUGUGAAUAUUCUUUCUAAAAAUUUAGAAAAUGUUAUCUUUUUGCAUUUAUUAUGUAAAAUUGUUUUACAGUAUCAAAAUUUUUCAUUUAAAGAAAAAAAUGCCAUGAAACAUUUGAACUGAUGAGCCACAGAACUUCAGUUGAAAUUUUUUUCAUUUUUUAGCAUGCUAAAUAUACAUCUGAGUUUAAAUAUUCUGUUUAAUGGCCAUUCAUAAAUUCAAGCACUACCACUGGUCAGUUUUGUGUGAUAGAAUAAAAAUAUGUUACCUGCAGUGUAAGUACAGCACACUGUCAAAUUCUUUUCCUUAAGGUGCACAGUAAAUGUACAGAUAGUUAUAGGCCACUGUUUUGUAAUGUAGUACAUUUCUAAUCUGUUAUUCCUAACCUAUUAUAACUGUUUGCAGAAAGAAAAGAAUUUUUCUAAUAAUCUGUAAAAUUAUGCUAACUUCUACAAGUAGGCUUCUAAAUAAAAUUUUUAAAAAGAGCAAA